AUGAACCUGACGUUGAGUCUAGCCGUCAAUGGUGACGGCACGGGCACGGGCAAGAAGCGGAAGGUGCGGGAUGGUGUCUUGGACGACGACGUGGGCGAUGGUGGUGACCGCGGCAGGGUGGUGAGGCUUCUCCAGGCGAGGGAGCGGAUGGUGGCGAGGCUGGAGUCGGACGAUCAGAGCAGUGGCGGCGGCCUGCGGCUGAUGCAGUUGCUCCUCUCGUCGGUGGCGGCGGGGGAGGCCGGCGACGUGCGCGCGGCCACCGCGGCGCUGCACGAGGUCUACCGGCGCGCGUCCUUCGGCGGCGGCGACCCCGCCCCGCGCGUCGCCGCCUACUUCGCGGACGCGCUGGCGCCGGGGCUGCGGCUCCGUUCGCCCGCGGCGGCGGCCUCUCCGCGGCCGACGCGCGGGGAGCAGUUCCUGGCGUACACCAUGUUCUACCAGGCGUCCCCGCUCUACCAGUUCGCGCACUUCACGGCGAACCAGGCGAUCCUGGAGGCGUUCGAGGCCGGUGGCCGCCGGAGCCUCCACGUCGUCGACUUCGACGUGUCGUACGGGUUCCAGUGGCCCUCUCUGAUCCAGUCCCUCUCGGACGCCGCCGCCGCCGCCGACGCCGACGCCGCGAGCACGAGCGGCUCCCACGACGGCGCCCACCGCAAGGAGCCGGUGUCCCUGCGGAUCACCGGCCUCGGGACGAGCGCCGACGAGCUGCGGCAAACCGAGGCGCGGCUCGCGCGCUUCGCGAGCGGCUGCCUCAACGUCCGGUUCGAGUUCGAGGGCGUCGUGACGAGCGGACCAAGCAGCGGCCGCCAUGAACGCAUCAGGAACGACGACGACGGCGACGCGACGGUGGUCGUCAACCUGGCGUUCCCGGCCGCAUCACAGAGCUCGAGGACAAGCGCAAGAGAAGCGUGCAGCGCGCUGGCUCGCAUCCGCUCCCUGAACCCUUCCCUGGUGUUCCUGGUAGAGAGAGGCGGAGGCGGCAAUGCCGCGCCGCCGAGGGGUCGCUCGAGCUUGGUUCCGCCGUUCACGGCCAGCCUCCGGUACUUCGCCGCGGUGUUCGACUCGCUGCACGAGUCCCUGCCGGCCGACAGCGCCGAGAGGCUCGCCAUCGAGAGGAACUACCUCGGCACGGAGAUCCGCAACGCCGUGGCCUGUCUAGACCGCGGCCACGGCGGCGGCGGCGAUCAUCACUCGAUGGAGCCUUGCAGCACCGCCGCUAGCUGGAAGGAGAUGAUGGAGAGCGCGGGGUUCGAGGCCGUGGCGCUGAGCUCGAGGACGGUGAGCCAGGCGAAGCUGCUGCUGAAGAUGAAGAGCGGGCCGAUUUGGGUGCGAUAUUGUACUGAUAUACUAAUAUACUAG